AUGUCCGAUGAAGGGAACUCGGCCCAUGUGCCGGACGGGCAACCAGACCCCGUCAUUGUCGGACCGGGUCUGAAGGCAUUCAAAGAAGAAGCUUACCAGGAAGCCACCAAUGCGACUCCCAGCUUGCCGGCCGAUAAGAAGAACCCGACCGAUGAUGAUGCACCCUCUUACUUUGCCAACAUCCCCGGCGUCAAGGCCGAGGCCCUCGACACAACCCAGACACGGUCGCAACCCCGAAGGAGAAAGAUGUCUUCGGGAGAGGAACUCUUGCGACGACUGAGUCUCACGGGCGACGCAUCGCCCAUCCUACCGGAGCUGGAUCCCCGUUCACAACAUCCGGGGUUGAAAUUGAGCGGCCGAUUGAUCAGUGCCGCCUUCUGCAUCCCUUACAAAGUCCAACAUAAGGCGGGCUCCGAUUGGGAGCUCAAACCGCGGUCCGGAACAUCGGCCCUCUUCGACUCUUUCAAACAUCUGGCCUCAAAGGAGACCCAAUGGUCCCACACUUUAGUCGGAUGGACGGGAGAGGUCGAGCCCAUCCUGGACACGAAAAUCCCUCUUCAGCAAGCCGUCGCAAACGCCGCCGCGAAGCUCCCCACCAAUGCUACGGCCGCGGGUCCCAUGGGCAUCAACAAGGCGGCGGCCCCGAUCCCCGUCAACGUCAGCCAACAUCCUCCGUCCAACCCGCUGAUCGAUGGCAUCAGCGUGGAGAAAGCGGAGCGGGAGCGACUGGAUCAGCAGUUGGCCUCAAGUCAGUACGGCCGCAUCCUGCCGGUCUGGCUCUCUGACGAGUCCGAGGAGCCUCAUGAUAGCAUUCUCCUCAAAGACCAAGGCCGGUGGCGGAGAUACGCGGAGCGGGAACUAUACCCUCUUCUGCAUUAUAAGCAGCACGGUCCGACCGAUGGACGGUCGGAGCAGCGCUGGUGGGCCGACUACACCCGCCUGAAUCAACUGUUUGCGGAUCGCAUUGCCGCAGACUAUCAGGAAGGGGACGUGGUUUGGAUCCACGACUAUCAUCUCUUCUUGCUUCCCAGCCUGCUGCGCCAGCGUAUCCCGAACAUCUAUAUCGGCUUCUACUUGCAUUCCCCGUUUCCCAGUAGUGAGUUUGUGCGCUGUCUGGCCAAGCGCAAGGAGGUUCUGACGGGCGUCUUGGGCGCCAACAUGAUUGGAUUCCAGACCUUCUCCUAUUCUCGUCACUUCUCUUCCUGCUGCACCCGUGUCUUGGGCUUCGAGUCCAAUUCCGCGGGCGUGGAUGCUUACGGUGCCCACGUCGCCGUGGAUGUGUUCCCCAUUGGCAUCGACGCGCAGGCCAUCCAAAAGGCCGCAUUUGGAGAGCCUGGUCUGGAGAAGACGGUGGAGGGCAUUCGCAAGUUGUACGCUGGAAAGAAGAUCAUCGUGGGUCGUGACCGUCUUGAUAGUGUGCGCGGUGUCGCCCAGAAGCUGCAGGCCUUUGAGAUCUUCCUGGAGAGAUAUCCGGAGUGGCGGGAGAAGGUCGUUCUCAUUCAAGUGACGAGCCCCACCAGCGUGGAGGAAGAAAAGGAGGAUCCGGAGAAUAAGAUCGCGGGUCAGAUUGCCAACUUGGUUUCCACGAUUAAUGGUCGCUUCGGUUCUCUCAGCUUCUCGCCGGUUCAGUACUACCCCCAGUACCUGUCCCAGCAGGAGUACUUUGCUCUUCUGCGAGUCGCCGAUGUCGGACUCAUCACCACUGUGCGUGACGGCAUGAACACCACGAGUCUCGAAUACAUUGUCUGUCAACAAAACAACCACAGCCCUCUGAUUCUGUCCGAGUUCUCCGGUACCGCGGGCACUCUGCCCAGCGCCCUUCACAUUAACCCCUGGGAUCUGGUGGGAGUUGCGGGCGCUAUUGACAAAGCCCUCAAGAUGCCUGUCGACCAGCGCAAGGACCAGCAUCUGAAGCUGUACAAGCAUGUGAUCACGAAUACCAUCAGCACCUGGUCGCUCAUGUUCCUCCACCGCCUUCUCACCAACCUCUCCUCCUUUGACCAGUCUGUAGCCACCCCGGCUCUGGAUCGUGGGAAACUGCUGAAGCAGUACCGCAAGGCGCGGAAGCGUCUGUUCAUGUUCGACUACGACGGUACUCUCACCCCGAUUGUGAAGGACCCCCAGGCCGCCAUUCCUUCAGACCGCGUCCUGCGUACUCUGAAGACGUUGUCUGCGGAUCCCCGCAACGCCGUCUGGAUCAUCAGUGGUCGCGAUCAGGCCUUCCUGGAUGAGUGGAUGGGUCACUUGCCCGAACUUGGUCUAAGUGCUGAGCACGGAUGCUUCAUUCGCCAGCCCCGAUCCGAGGACUGGGAGAACCUGGCGGAGCGAAGUGACAUGGGUUGGCAAAAGGAGGUGAUUGAAGUGUUCCAGCACUAUACGGAGCGCACGCAGGGAUCGUUUAUUGAACGUAAACGGGUGGCUCUCACCUGGCACUACCGCCGAGCCGAUCCGGAGUACGGUGCUUUCCAGGCUCGGGAAUGUCGCAAGGCCUUGGAGGACACUGUGGCCAAGAAGUGGAACGUGGAAGUCAUGGCUGGCAAGGCCAACCUGGAAGUUCGCCCUACCUUUGUCAACAAGGGCUUCAUCGCCACACGGUUGGUGAAUGAGUAUGGAUCGGAACCGGGCGAUGCUCCCGAGUUUAUCUUGUGCUUGGGAGAUGACUUUACUGAUGAAGACAUGUUCCGUGCGCUUCAAAAAUUCAACCUCCCUCAAGAUCACGUCUACUCGGUCACGGUGGGAGCCAGCUCCAAGCAGACGGAUGCGAGCUGGCACUUGCUUGAGCCGGCUGAUGUAAUUGGCACUCUUCAAAUGCUCAACAGCACCUCGUACCAAGAUCGUUAG